AUGUAUUGUAAUUGUCAAUCCCAUCCUAUAAACGGUGGUAAUCGUUUAUAUGAAAUUUAUCCGACAUGGGAUAUCGGAUGGUUUCCUCAUUAUUCUAAUGAAAUUGAAAAUAUAAUUCGUUCUGAUAUUUAUUCUCGAUUGCAAUCAUUAGUUUUACCAGCUGCUUCAUCUAAAUUGACACAACUCAUAUUUCGUGGUGAAUUUCCUCGUUUGAAUAUAUGUCAUCUUGGUAGAUGCGAAUUAAUCAUUCUUCCAUUAUCGAUGACCAUUCCCUUACAAAAUCUUCGUCAAUUAACUAUCCGUACACGAAGACAAAAUGGUUGCCAAUUUGAAACAAUUUUAUUGGCUUGUUCUUCUUUAAUGCAUCUUGAUUUCUCAUGUGAUGAUGUUAUUCCUUCAUUUAUUUUUAUAAAUCAUUGUUUUCCAUCUAUGAAAUAUCUUCGACUUGGUCGUCUUAAAAAUUUAUUUUUUCACAAUGGUCAAUUCGAUUUUCUUCUCUCAAUCUUUCCAAAUCUUUUACAAUUUCAGUUAACUGCUAAUCAAUGUCGUGAAAAUGUUGAAACAAUCAAAUUUAGAGAAAUUGCGCAUUAUCUACGCCAUCGAUGUCCAUCACUGAAAAUAUUAGUUUUAUGUAUUUAUGCAAGGACAUAUGCGUUGGUCUUUUUCUAUAGAUAG